AUGGCGGCCCCCUGCCCCGGCGGCGGCGGCGGAGAGGUCAGAUGCGGGGCAGGGCGCGGGGGCGGCGUCCCGUGGGACUUUCUGCCGGGGCUCACGGUCAAGGCCCCGCCCGGACCCUGCUUGCAGGCUCAACGCAAGGAGAAGUCCCGCAACGCGGCGCGCUCGCGGCGCGGGAAGGAGAACCUGGAGUUCUUCGAGCUGGCCAAGCUGCUCCCGCUGCCCGGGGCCAUCUCCAGCCAGCUGGACAAGGCGUCGGUCGUGCGGCUCUGCGUCACCUACCUCCGCCUGCGCCGCUUCGCCGCGCUCGGGGCGCCGCCCUGGGGGCUGCGAGCCACCGGGCCCCCCGCCGGCCUCGCCCCAGGCCGCAGGGGCCCCGUGGCACUGGUCUCCGAAAUCUUCGAGCAGCACCUGGGAGGACACAUCUUGCAGUCCCUGGAUGGCUUUGUGUUUGCCUUGAGCCAGGAGGGGAAGUUCCUCUACAUCUCAGAGACCGUCUCCAUUUACCUGGGUCUCUCACAGGUGGAGCUGACGGGCAGUAGCGUCUUCGAUUACAUCCAUCCCGGGGACCACUCAGAGGUCCUCGAGCAGCUGGGACUGCGGACCCGGACCUCCGGGCCCCCUACCCCGCCCUCCAUUCCCUCCUCUUCGUCCUCUUCCUCCUCGCUUGCCGAUACUCCUGAGAUCGAGGCCAGCCCCACCGAGGUGCCCGCCUCCUCCCGGGCCCAGGAGCGCUCCUUCUUCGUCCGCAUGAAAUCCACCCUCACCAAGCGCGGUCUGCACGUCAAGGCCUCGGGGUACAAGGUGGGCGUGAGCUCCCUGCACAGCCUCUGGCCCCGCGUCCUCGCCACCCCGCGAGCUCCCGCACUCCUGCCGGCCCCUGCCCCCGCGCCCCGGCGCCUGCGGGGAAAAAGGGUCUCUUAG